AUGAAGUUAAACCGAGCAUUGGCAUUUGGCUUUCUCGCCUCGGCAGCAGCCAUCCCUCUUCUGAAGCGCGAUUACGCAAUCGGCACAGCUCCCGUCCGAGGUGCCAACAUCGGAGGCUGGCUCGUGCUAGAGCCCUGGAUCACGCCGUCAAUCUUUCACAAUUCGCCGGCUGGCGUGGUUGACGAGUACACGUUCAGCCAGAAUGUUUCCAAUGCAAGGGACAUUCUAAGGGCCCACUGGGACAACUGGGUCACCCUUGUCGACUUCCAAAAGAUUGCAGACAAUGGUUUCAACGCUGUCAGGAUCCCCAUUGGCUACUGGGCGUUCAAAAAGUAUGCGGGAGAACCCUACAUCCUCGAUUCCCAACAAGCUCACUUGGACCGCGCCCUUGAAUGGGCGCGCCAAACCGGCCUUAAAGUCUGGAUCGACCUGCACGGCGCGCCGCGCUCGCAGAACGGUUUCGACAACUCCGGCCGACUCACCGACACGCCCUCAUGGACCAGCGGUGACUCGGUUGCGGCGACGACGGAGGUGAUUCGCAUGAUCGCGAACAAGUAUGCCGCGCCUUCCUAUGCCGAUGUCGUUGCCGCCAUUGAGCUGCUCAACGAGCCGCUCAUGUCGAACCUGCCCGGCGGCCGCGCUGCGACGCAGGCCUACUACCAGACGGGGUUUGACGCGGUGCGCGCCGCAGCCGGCAGCGAUGGCACCGCCCGGGUCAUUAUCCAGGACGGUUUCGCCAGCCCGCCAACGUGGAACGGCUUUCUGGCGGGCGAGGGCUUGGCUGGCGCCGUCGUUGACCACCAUGAGUACCAAGUCUUCACCAAUGAGCUGGUCGCGCUGAGCCCGCAGCAGCACGUUGACGCCGUGUGCGGCAACGCGAAGACGUGGGCGACAGGCCAAGACAAAUGGCUCGUUGUGGGCGAGUUCACUGGCGCAAUGACGGACUGUGCACCUGCUCUUAACGGCUACGGCGUCGGGGCCCGCUACGACGGUACCUACAGCAAGCGCAACGCCGACGGCAGCUACACGAACUCCACCUCGCACGGCACGUGUGCUCACAUCAACUGGAUCAACGACUGGACCGAGCAAAACAAGACCGACACACGCAACUACAUCAACGCUCAGCUCGACGUCUUCGAGCAGAGAACACAGGGCUGGUUCUGGUGGAACUUCAAGACCGAGGCCGCCGCCGAGUGGGACCUGUUCCGUCUGCUCGACGCAGGCAUCUUCCCGAAGCUCGAGGGAAGGCAGCGCAAGGUGACGUGCUAG